AUAGUUAAUUUAAACAGGAAGUGUUUUACAUACAAGGCGCGAAAUUCAAGCGUGGUGGCGGAGCGGCGGAAGGCGACUUGUUCGAGUGUGAAAUGCAGGAUUCAACAUUUAAUAGAAAGCACUGCCAAACUUCAGGCCCCAAGCAUGGCAGUGCUGUUUGACGAUAUCAGCCAGCAGCUGGACUUCUCUAGUUGUGGAGAGGAGGGGGGCAGUAGCGACAACAGCUCCGAUGACUGCACCUCCAGAAUCCGCAGUCCAAGCUCUACAUGUACGACGCCCAGGGUGCAGCAGAACCGCAGCAGAAGCAGCACCUUCUCUUGCCCUUUACAGUGCACCAGCCCCAUACCUUCAGUUUCCUGGAGGAAACUGAGGCUCUGUGACUCUCCCAGCACACCCAAGAGUCUGCUAUGCAAGUCAUCCCAGUCUUGCUCCGGUGCUAAGAUAAGUCGUCAUCAGAGAACCUUGCAUUUUGCCUCAUUUGGCCCAGACCUCAUCCAGGCACCUUCUGUCAACGUCAAUCCUUUCACCCCUGACACAGUACACAGGAACAGUGAGCAGCAGUGGAGGAACAGCUGUAGGAGCGACGAUGACGACGAAUAUGGAAACGGGUUGAAACACAGCCUGACAUCAUCUGAAGAGGAUGAUGAAGCCUUUCUCCCACCAAAGAGGCGAGCUGUCCAAGCAUUCAUGCUCUCGCGCUAUGAGAGUGAGUUUCUGGAGCUGGAGUGCAUUGGUGUGGGCGAGUUUGGGGCAGUUUAUAAAUGUGUGAAAAGGCUGGAUGGUUGCUUAUAUGCCAUAAAACGCUCACGACAACCGCUCGCAGGCUCUGCCAAUGAGCAGCUGGCACUAAAGGAAGUGUAUGCACAUGCUGUUCUUGGGCACCACCCACAUGUUGUUCGCUAUUAUUCAGCAUGGGCAGAGGACAAUCACAUGAUUAUCCAGAAUGAAUACUGUGAUCGUGGAAGUCUCAGUGAUGCCAUUAUGAAGAAGGAUGUGCAGGGUGAGCUGUUUGCAGAGGCAGAAUUGAAAGAUCUGCUGUUACAGGUGUCAAUGGGCCUAAAAUAUAUCCAUACCUCUGGCCUUGUACACCUGGACAUCAAACCAAGUAAUAUUUUCAUUUGUCAACGUCCCAGUUCAAGUGCAGAGGUGGAAAGUGAGGAGGAAGAUGAUGGAAGCACUUCAGCAGGCGUCCUUUACAAAAUUGGGGAUCUGGGUCAUGUGACAUCCACCACCAGUCCUCAGGUUGAGGAAGGAGACAGCCGCUUUCUGGCCAGUGAGGUUCUGCAUGAGGAUUACAGCCACCUCCCAAAGGCAGACAUCUUCGCUCUUGGCCUUACAGUACUGUUGGCAGCUGGAGCUCCUCCUCUGCCUCAAAAUGGAGAUGAGUGGCACAGCCUUAGACAAGGGCAGCUUCCCAAGCUCCCACAGGAGCUCUCUCCUCCCUUCAAAGGCCUCCUUCAGUUGAUGCUGGAUCCAGACCCAAUAAAACGACCAUCUGCCAGGGAGCUUUGCAAGCACCCAGUCUUGCGGGAGGAGAGGUCUGGAAGGCUGGCUGCUCAGCUACGCAGAGAACUCAAUGUGGAAAAAUUCAGAACAGCCAUGCUAGAAAGAGAGCUACAGGAGGCGCGUCAGGCAGCUUUGUCACCAAAGCAGAACCUCCUAUGUGGGCUGAAACCACCUACUAAGAUAGGGUCUCUUCCUAGAACAGGGAGGAGGCUUGUGGGUAGGAAGACGGCACGAUCCAUGAGCUUUGGUUGCCCCGGGCAUGGAAUUUGAUGGACCAGAGUGAAAACCACAUGCCUGUUCUUUGUUCUGCAUAAUCUGACCCCUUCCGCAACAAUGUUGUAAUUAAAAAGCAGCAAGUUUCUAUGAUAACACAGAUAUAACCCUACACAGCGCUGGUACUAAGAAUGAUUGGCUGGGUGAUCUUGUGUGGGGCUUCUGAGUGGACUGAUGUAACAGACUGGAGAGCUUUGGACAGAAUUAGUUUUAAAUGUUUCAAAUGAUAAUUUCAGUCUUUCAACUGCUGUUGACAAACAUAACUGGUCAAAGAUGUUUGUUUUAUUUUUAUACUGUAAAUAAACAUUUUUAGCAUUUUAUCUAAUGGAUUUCUUUUGUUCUAAUUUGUUUUUAGCUCUAAAGUAUUCUCUUUAACUUGUGUGGGUAAUGUUCUGUGUAAACAAAAAAGUACAACCCUGCUGGAUAAAGCCAAAGCCGGGACUUUCCAGCUGCGUGUUUCUCUUAUCUCUGCCUGUAAUAAACUGUAUGACGGUG